CUGUGCCCAUAUGAACGCGUGUAUUUUAAUAUUUGACAGAUGUCGCUCGUCGCUUGUCGUCUUCUAUGUGUUCAACACAUAAUGCUUGUAAUAACUAAACAAAAAAAACAACGUUUUGACAUCAAAAUAAAAAUUAUUAUUCUAUUAUAAAUAAAUAGAUUAAAAAAUGCAAUUCUGAUAUUUACAUAUUUAAACUAAGGACUAAUAUGUACAUCUUAAAACUAAAAUAUUUACUAUUAUUACUAUUUUUAUAGAAUGUUUCACUGCAAGGUGUCUUGGAGAAAUAUACCACAAGAAAGAAAAAUUUUCUUUAUAUAUCACUAGCAGUAUGCAGUAAACAGAUUUUGGGAACAAUGCACGAGAUGCGUACUUAUACAUACAUACAUACAGACAUCUUAAGUUUCACUAAUCACAUACCUAGCAAGGAUAUUUACAAAAUAAUAACAAUCCACUAUUUUGGACACAAUGCAACAGAUUCUUGUACCUACAGCAAGUGGGUAGGGGUAUAGAAUAGCGAACUCAAGAAGCAUACCACGCAGUGUUGUAUCAAGUGCUGAACACAAAGACGACGACACGACACGACGUAGCGACGGUCGACUACAAAUGUCGCUUUGAAGCCAGCGUCUGAACACUUUGAAGACGGCAGCAACAGUAACAACAGCUGAUUUUAUAGUUUGAAGUUUGUGAGACUUUUAAUUAUUGAAAUUCAGUGUUUUUAAUCAAAAUAAAUAUAUUCAAUAUGAAUGACGAAUAUGUAAUAGAUUUUGUGAGGAUAAUUGAAAAUAUUGUGCGCAUUACAACUAUUGCUAAUGAAUUACACAAUGAGCUGCAUGCAAGCAACCGAAGAUGGUGGGUGCGUCCAGUCAACUUAACACGCCAAGAAGAAGGUUUUUUUAAAACGUGUAUCAAACAACUCCAAGAAAAGGAUGAAGAACAUUUUUUUAAAGUGACUCGAAUGAACGUUUCCAGUUUUAAUUUAUUAUUGUCGUUAUUAAAACAACGAAUGGAACGCUUUUCGAAUAGAAAAGCAAUUGAUCCUGAAACGCGUUUGGCGGUAACCUUACUUUUCUUGGCACAUGGAUGUAAUUUUAAUGUGAUAUCUUGGGCAUAUAAAAUUGGAAUCUCAACAGUUCGCAAAAUUAUAUAUGAAACAUGUGACGCUAUUUGGAACGAAUUGCAUGUUGUAUAUUUGUCACCACCAAACUUAUCCGAACAGAAAGGCAUAGCAAACAAAUUUUAUGUGAAGACUGGCAUGCCGAAUUGCUUGGGAGCUAUAGAUGGGAAGCACAUUCGUAUAACAAGUCCUAGGAACAGCGGGUCUUUGUACUACAAUUACAAGAAAACGUUUAGCAUAGUAUUAAUGGCAUCGUGUGAUGCUAAUUACGUAUUCACAUAUGUAGACGUCGGAGCACUAGGAAGUCAAAGUGACGGUGGAAUAUUUGCCCGUAGUGCCUUUGGAAGCAAAUUAUUGAAUGGUACUCUAGAAGUUCCUUCCGAUGCAAAAUUACCGGGUACAUCUACCAGCUUUCCGUAUUAUUACGUCGGUGACAGUGCGUUUCCACUGAAACAAAAUUUAAUGAGACCAUAUCCCGGCCGCCAAUUAGACGAAGAUAAAGACAAAUUUAACAUAGUGUUGUCUAAAGCCCGCGUGCAUAUAGAAAACGCAUUUGGAAUUUUAGCCAAUCGAUGGAGAGUUCUGCAUACAACAAUAUCAGCUUUCCCAAAGAAUGUAGAUAAAAUUGUUUUAGCUACAGUAGUACUUCAUAACUUUUUAAUGCUACAAAAUGACAGGAAUUACUUCACCCUUGAAUAUGCGGACCACUCAGUAGGCAACCAAGAAAUAAACGGCCGUUGGAGAGAAGAAGUACCUUCUCUUGAAUCGUUUCAUCAAAGAACUGUUAAUCGUUCAACCACAAACGCUUUUCAGUUACGUGAAACCCCUAAAGAAUUUAUUUCAAGAAAUACUUUGUAA